GCGCGGCGCACUCUCGGUCUGUGCGAGGAAGCGGGCAGACCGUGGGCUGAGCCAGCGGAGACGGACGGAAAGUUGUGCACUGGCAACUUGCAGUAAACAGAAGCAUAUUUUUUUCUGAAGAUGCAAUAUAUGUUGUAAAUCUUUUUAGACGUUUUUUAAUUCGAAUAUGGGAACACAUUUUUUUGUGAAAUGAUCCCCUAUCCUAGCACGCGCUUCUAAACCACUCGCCGUGGUAGAACUUCACCCAGCCAUGCUUUUGACCAUUUUAAUAUCGUAUUUCGUGACUUCGGUUUCUGGGAAUAAAACAGACGAACGGAUACUUUUCUUUCACGGACAUGUAUUUGAAAACUGGUCGCCGGGUUCCAAAGUGAACGGACUGAGCAUCCCGGCGAAACGGAUAGACGCGCAGAAAUGGUGUCCAAAGCCGGGUAUGUACCUUAAACUCCUGGGCGAAGGAAGCGAGGAUUUCCACUUAUUUGCUCACCACAAACGCGGCCACGUCUUGCUGAAAACGUCUAAAGUCCUCGAUAGGGAGGAACGAGCUGAAUACCUCUUCGCCCUCGGUGUGUGCUGUCAAAGUUGUGCUUCGUCUGACAGAGUGGAUGCCGAAGUUGCGUCUGUGAAAAUCGAUGUGCUGGACACCAACGAUCACGAGCCAACAUUUCACAACAGGGAUGUUAAAAUAACUUUGGACGAUGCAACUGCCCUCCGCUCCGUAGUCCACAAGGUGAAUGCAAAGGACACGGACAGCGGCAAGAAUGCCGAUUUGAUUUACUUCGCCGUUCCAAAAAAUGGCAGCUUCUACGUGGUGCCCAAAACCGGAGAUAUUUUGCUGGUCGAUUCCAUACUUGGUCUCACCACCCCGAUUAAAUUUAGUGUGUUCGCGAGGGACCACGGUUGGCCUUCUCGAAUAAGUAAAAAUGUGGACAUCGAGAUAAGUCCUCGCCAGUGGCCCGCGAGAAAGCCCAGUCUUGGUAGCGAAACUGGUCAGCGACUUGUUCGCAGGUCCAGAUCUUUGCUGGAAUCGGGAAACCCGGUAGUCAUCAGUGUAUCCGAGGACGCCAGUAUUGGAUCGGUUGUAAUGAACCUGAACCCGGUGAGGUUUCAGACGGCAAGUUUUGAGCUGGUCUACCCUGGGUCUGAGAACACGCCGGUGACUGUCAGCCGGGACAGCGGGGAUAUAGUGAUCGCCAGGCGGCUUGACAGAGAGACUGAGCCGCUGGUCGAUAUUACUGUAAAAGUGCAGGACAAACGAGGCUCCGACUGGUACCUGGUUCGCGUGGAGCUGAUCGUCACCGACGUGAACGACAACGCCCCGGAGUGGACCAUGGUCCCCUUCCCCUACCUGGCGGUGGUGUCCCAGGAGGCCCCGCCCGGCUCCCUGGUCUACAAGCUCCACGCCCACGACGGGGACGAGGGCGGCAACGGGGAGGUGGAGUACUUCCUGUCCGACGGGGGCGACGGGCGUUUCGACGUGGACAGGAAGAGCGGGCACAUCAAGACGACGGGCCUGCCGCUGCAGAGGGACAGGGAGUACCUGCUGACCGUGGUGGCCGCUGAUAGGCUGGGCAGCCGUGGCCCCCCCGCCACAGUGUCCGUGGUGGCCGGGGCCCGACCGCCUCAGUUCAGCAACAGCUCCUUCACCAUCUCCAUCCCGGAGAGCACGCCCGAGGGCCAACCGUUCCUGGUGGCCCCUGCCAUGUCCUUCCAGAAGCAUCCGCUCAGCUACAGCCUGCUCAUCAAUCCCAGCAGCCUCUUCUCCAUCCAGCCGGAGACGGGCCAGGUCAGCCUGACGCGCGCCGUGGACUUCGAGAGCGACCAGCACCGCUACCUGCUCCUGGUGCGGGCCAGCGAGAGCCAGGACGCCCUGAGCAGCGCCGCGGAGGUCAGGGUGAUCAUCACGGACGAGAACGACUGCGUCCCGGAGUUCCUGCAGUCCAUAUACAGCAAAGAUGGCGUCGCGGAAACGGUGACCACGGCAACCUCGCUGCUGCAAGUGUCGGCCAGCGACUGCGACUCGGACCUGAACGCGGAGCUCACCUACCACACCCUGAGCCCCGACUUCAGCGUGUCGGCGCACGGGACGAUCUUCCCCGCCCGCCCCCUGGACUACGAGCGGCCCAACCACCUGUACGAGUUCGUGGUGAUGGCCGUGGACAAGGGGGAGGUCCCCCGCACGGGCACGACCACCGUGCGCGUGCGCAUGUCCAACGUCAACGACGAGGCCCCCGAGUUCUCCCAGCACAUCUACCGGACCUUUGUCUCCGAGGACGCUGGGCCCAACACGCUGGUCGCCACGGUGCUGGCCAAGGACCCCGACGGAGAUGGAAUAACGUACAAGAUCGCGUCGGGCAACGAGGAGGGCAACUUCGUCAUUGACAGCCAGAAAGGUCUGAUACGGCUGCGGUCCAGCCCCCCCCCCAGACUGCAGGGGCUGGAGUACGUCCUGAACGUCACGGCGACCGAUGACAACGCCUCGGGCGGGCCACACCCGCUGUCCUCCGUCGCCCGGGUGAUAGUUGGCGUGGACGACGUCAACAACAACAAGCCCGUGUUUGAGAAGUGCCAGGAGUACAGGGAGAGGUCCUCUGUGCUGGAGAACCAGCCCCCGGGGACCUCUGUCCUGCAGGUGCACGCCGUGGACGCGGACGCGGGAGCCAAUGGGAAGGUGACGUACGGCUUCAUGCACAAGGACAGCGCCGUCCCUGCCUUCAGCAUCCACCCGGAGACAGGCGUGAUCGUCACGGCCAGGAAGUUCGACCGCGAGAGACAGCGGGAGUACGCCGUCACGGUAACGGCCACGGACCAGGCCGCCGAGCCGCUGAUCGGGAUUUGCCAGAUCAACAUUCUGAUCCUGGACGAGAACGACAACGACCCGAAAUUUGAGAACCUGCGUUACGAGUACUUCCUGCGGGAGGACACCAUGAUCGGCACCAGCUUCCUGCGGGUGGCGGCGCACGACGACGACUACAGCACCAACGCCGCCAUCGCCUACUCCAUGUCCGCGGAGCAGCCCGAGUACCUGAGGGUCAACCCCGUCACGGGCUGGGUCUACGUCAACCAGCCCAUCUCCCAGAGGUCCCACAUCACCAGGGAGAUUGUUGCCACGGACGGGGGGAACCGCAGCAGCUCGGUGGAGCUGUCCGUCACCAUCACCAACGUGAAGAACCAGCCGCCGCAGUGGGAGCGGGACAGCUACGACGUGGUCAUUCCAGAGAACACCAUGAGGGACACGCCCAUCGUGACCAUCAAGGCGAUCUCCCUGCUGGGUGACCCACGGGUGACCUACAACCUGGAGGACGGGAUGGUGCCGGAAACCAACAUGCCGGUGCGCUUCUACCUGACGCCCAACCGCGAGGACGGCUCCGCCUCCGUCCUGGUGGCCGAGCCGCUGGACUACGAGGCCACCCGGAACUUCGUGCUGAGGGUGCGGGCGCAGAACGUGGCCGCCGUGCCCCUGGCGGCCUUCACCACGGUCUACGUCAACGUCACGGACGUGAACGACAACGUGCCGUUCUUCACCUCCUCCGUCUACGAGGCCUCGGUGACGGAGGGGGCGGAGGCCGGGACCUUCGUGCUCCAGGUGUCCGCCAACGACCUGGACCUGGGGCUGAACGGGAAGAUAUCCUACUCCCUGCUGAAGGAUCGCAGUGGGGAUUACCAGUACUUCCGCAUCGACCCGGAGCUGGGGGCCGUCUACACCGAGGCCGUGUUCGACCGGGAGACCAAGGGCUCCUACCUGCUGGAGGUGAAGUCCGUGGACGGGUGGGAGUCGGCUCGGCCGGGGAAGAACGGGCAGCCCAACUCCGACACGGCGUACGUGCGCGUUUUCAUCAGCGACGUGAACGACAACAAGCCCGUCUUCGCCCAGAGCGUCUACGAGGUGAGCGUGGACGAGGACGCCGACGUGGGCUUCGCCGUCGUCACUGUCAGCGCUAACGACGGGGAUGAAGGUGCCAACGCCAAGCUGCGCUACCAGAUCACCUCGGGCAACACGGGCGGGGCGUUCGACGUGGAGCCCGAGGUGGGCACCAUCUUCCUGGCGCAGCGUCUGGACCACGAGCGGGUGAAGUGGUACCGCCUGCGGGUGCUGGCCUCGGACGGGAAGUGGGAGGACUACGCCGCCGUGGUGGUCAACGUGGCCAACAAGAACGACGAGACGCCCGUCUUCUCCGUCAACGAGUACUACGGCAGCGUGACCGAGGAGCUGGACGGCUCACCCGUCUUUGUGCUGCAGGUGACGGCAACUGACCCGGACAAAGACGCGGACCAGGAGUCCCUGCGGUACUCCCUGCACGGCCAGGGCGCGGAGAGCGAGUUCGUCAUCGACGAGGUGACGGGCAAGAUCUACGCGCAGAGGACGCUGGACCGCGAGGAGCGGGCCGUCUGGCGCUUCGUGGUGCUGGCCACGGACGAGGCCGGCGAGGGCCUGACGGGCUUCACCGACGUCAUCAUCAACGUGUGGGACAUCAACGACAACGCGCCCGUCUUCACCUGCAUGCCGGACGGCUGCGAGGGCCACGUGCCGGAGAACUCGCCGCCGGACACCUCGGUCAUGGAGAUGACCGCCACCGACCUGGACGACCCCACCGUGGGGCAGAACGCCGUGCUCACCUACAGGAUCGUGGGAAACGCGCGGGGGGGCGUGGCCGGGGGCGUGGCCGGCGGAGGGGCGGAGCAGUUCAGCAUCAACGCCAGCACGGGCACCAUCAGCGUGGCGCAGGCCGGGCUGGACCGGGAGCGGGCGGAGACCUACCUGCUGGUGGUGGAGGCCAAGGACGGCGGCGGGAUGGCGGGCACGGGCACCGCCACCGUCCGGGUGACGGACGUGAACGACCACGCGCCGCGCUUCGCGGCGGGGCCCUGCGGCGCCCGCGUGUCGGAGAGCAGCGAGCCCGACGCCGCCGUGCUGGAGCUGUCGGCCGCCGACGCCGACGCGGGCGAGAACGCCCAGCUGACCUUCAGCAUCGUGGGCGGCGACCCCGAGCAGAAGUUCUACGUGGUGAGCCACCGGCAGGACCGGCGCGCCACCGUGCGGCUGAAGAAGCGGCUGGACUACGAGCGCCCCGGCGACCAGCGCUUCAACCUGACGGUGAAGGUGGAGGACCUGGACUUCUCCAGCCUGACGCACUGCCUCGUGCAGGUGGAGGACCACAACGACCACGCGCCCGUCUUCGUGCCCCACCUCCACGCCCCGCCGCCCUUCCGCGAGGACGUGCCCGUGGGCACCAGCGUGGUCCGGCUGGCGGCCAGCGACGCCGACUCGGGCCCCAACCGGGAGAUCGCGUACAGCAUCGCCGCGGAGACGGACCCGCGCGGCCUGUUCGCGGUGGACGAGGCGGGCCUGGUGACCGUGGCCCGGCCGCUGGACCGGGAGGCGGCGGCGGCGCACAGCCUGGUCGUCCUGGCGACGGACCGGGGGAGCCCACCGCAGACGGGCAGCGCCACGGUGCAGCUGGCGCUGCUGGACGUCAACGACAACGGGCCGGAGUUCGAGGCGGCCUACCGGCCCGUGGUGUGGGAGAACACGCCCGGCCCCCAGGUGGUGUGGCUCAACCAGACCUCCGCCCUCCUGCACGCGGUGGACCGGGACACGCCCGAAAACGGGCCGCCCUUCUCCUUCUCCCUGCCCGCCGAGCUGCGGCACAGCCGCGACUUCCACCUGCAGGACAACGGCAACGGCACCGCCACCGUGACCGCGCUGCGCGCCUUCGACCGCGAGCGGCAGAGGGAGUUCCGCCUGCCCGUGGUCAUGCGCGACAGCGGCCGCCCCAGCCGGACCGUCACCGGCACGCUCACCGUCACCAUCGGCGACAAGAACGACCACGCCCACCAGGCCGGGGAGAAGAACGUCUACGUCAACAGUCACAGAGGGGUGAUGGCCACCACGGUCCUGGGGAAGGUGUACGCCCCCGACCCCGACGACUGGGACAACAAGACGUACGUCUUCGAGGGACACGUGCCCAACUACUUUGUCCUGAACGGGAGGACUGGCUUCCUGAUCAUCAAGGAGAACACCCCGACGGGAAGCUACGAGUUCAAGGUGCGCGUGUCAGACGGGGUGUGGCCAGACGUGGUUUCCGGGGUGACCGUGCACGUUAAAGAGCUGCCGGACGAGGCCAUCUACAACUCAGCCUCGAUACGCGUGGCAGACGUCACGGCGGCGGAGUUCCUCUCGCGCCCGGCCGGCGGGCGGAGCCGGUACGAGCGGCUCCGGGACUUCCUGUCGGAGAUGCUGGCCGUCGGCCCCGGCGACGUCGACGUCUUCGGCCUGCUGGACGUGCGGGAGAGGACGCUGGACGUGCGCUUCGCCGUGAAGGGCGCCCCCUACCUGAGGCCCGAGAGACUGCACGGCUACCUCGCCGCGCACAAACAGAAGCUGGAGUCCUUCCUGCAGGUGAACGUCAGCCAGGUGCGCGUGGACGAGUGCGCGGUGACGGACUGCGGGGGCAGCGGGGGCUGCUCCAAUCAGCUGUCGGUCGGGGGCGCGUCCACCGUGGUGGACGCCGGGAGCACGUCGCUGGUGUCGGUGACGGUGGGCACCACGGCAGUGUGCGGUUGCCCCGGGCGAGAGCGCCAGCACCGGGCCUGCGCCUCCUACCCCCAGAGCCCCUGCCACAACGGCGGCGUGUGCGUCGACAGCAAGGGCGGGUACAGGUGCCAGUGCCCUCCUCAGUUCGAGGGCCCCGAGUGCCAGCAGACCAAGCACAGUUUCCACGGCGACGGCUACGCCUGGUUUCCGCCCGCCCGGCCGUGCUUCGAGAGCCGCGUCUCGCUGGAGUUCGUCACCGAGGCGACGGACGGCCUGCUCCUGUACAGCGGCCCGCUGGCCCAGCUGCAGCACUGGGACGCCGAGGACUUCAUGGCCAUAGAGCUGAUAGGCGGUACGCCCACCCUGAAGAUUAACCACGGCUCCGGCACGCUGGUUCUGCAGUUGCCGAGCAACGUGCGCGUGGCGGACAGACGGUGGCACAGGCUGGAUGUUCGGAGUGACAGUAAGGAGGUCCGGUUCACGCUGGACCGCUGCUCUGCUGCCGCGGUAACGGAGAUGGAGGGGGUGGGCAGCAGGCUGACAACCGAAGACCACUCCUCCUGCGAGGUCAGGGGGGUCACCCCCAACGGGGCCAGGCACCUGAACAUGACCCAGGUGCUGCAGCUGGGCGGAGUCAACGAGAACCUGCCGUACAUCUACCCUCAGCUGCAGCACAAGCACUUCACCGGCUGCAUCCGCAACCUGGUCGUGGACAGCCAGGUCUACGACCUGGGCUCUCCCGCCGACUCGGAGAACAGCUCGCCGGGAUGCGCCAUGACGGACGGGAACUGCGUCAACAUGGGGUACCCGUCCUGCGGGCCCCGGGGGUGGUGCCACGGCGAGUGGGGGUCCUUCAGCUGCCAGUGCAUACCCGGGUACAGCGGGCACCAGUGCGAGCUGGAGGUUCCGGAAUAUUCCUUCGACGGGCGGAGCCACGCCCACUUCCGGCUGUCGUUCCCGCUCUCGGCCCGCGGGACCAGGGUCCAGGUCCUGGUGCGGACCCGGAAGCCCAGCGGCACCAUCGUCAGCCUGCUGUCCAAGGAGCAGAACGAGUACCUGCGCCUGGAGUUGUUACAGGGCCUCCUGGCAGUGUUCUAUAACCUGGGCGACGGGGACUACAGCCUGACCCUGCCCUCCCACCGGCUCGACGACGGCGAAUGGCACCAGGUGCACCUGGAUCGCCAGGACAACGAGGUCACGCUGAGGGUGAACGGCGGGGGCGGGCGCCGUGAGGUCACGGCCGCGCCCGGGCGGGGCCGGGAGAUCGUGAUCGACCCCGCGGUGGUGAUUCUGGGAAAUUCGCUCCCCUCCAGCCACAACAAGAGCUUCCAAGGCUGCAUGCAGGACCUGCGGCUGAACGGCCGCCACGUGCCGUUGGACAGCCAGGCCAGAGAGGGCGCCGCCCUGGUGAGCAGCCAGGGCGUGUCGGUGGGCUGCUCCUCCGACUCCUGCCGGAGGAACCGCUGCAGCCCCCCCUUCACCUGCGUGGACCUGUGGAGGGUGCACGAGUGCAGGUGCCCGGCGGGUCACGUGGUCCAGGAGAACGGCACGGGGCGGUUCUGCGCCCGCACCCCCUGCGCGGGGCACCCGUGCCACCGGGGCACCUGCGCCGCCCACUCGCCCGCCAACUUCACCUGCCACUGCCCCCCGGGCUACCGCGGGCGCCGCUGCGAGGUGGCCCUGGCCAUCUACCGCGACGACGUGGGCCUCAGCUUCAGCUCGCUCUUCGCCAUCUCCAUCUGCUUCCUGGCCCUGCUGGUGCUGCUCCUGGGCAUCUUCCUGUGGACGCGCUGGCGGAGCUACAAGGGCCUGAAGGAGGGCGUGUACCACGUUUCGGCGCACCACGACGGCUGGGAGGACAUCCGGGAGAACGUGCUGAACUACGACGAGGAGGGCGGGGGGGAGGAGGACCAGAAUGCCUAUGACAUGGCGGAGCUGCAGAAGUCUCUUCAGCCCAGCCCCGCCCAGUCCGUGCAGUACGGCCACUCACGGGGGGUCCACCAUCACCCCCACGCCCACCAGGACACCACCAAAUCCAACGCCUCCACCUCCUCCUCCUCCACCGCCGCCACCGUCCCCCUGGCCCCCCCGGCCGCCGCCAGCGCCGCCGCCGCCGCCACCAUCUCCGCCACGCUGCGGCGGGACGUCCCACCCACGGGGCCCCACCCGCAGGGCCCCAGCCAGGCCGCCCUCCCCCCGCGAAAGAGCCUGUCCUUCUCCAGCCAGGACCUGGCGCGCUACCUGUGCGAGAUCAUCCGGGACGCCGACCAGCACCCGGAGGCCGCUCCCUUCGACUCGCUGCAGGUGUUCUCCACCGAGGGGGGGGGCUCGCCGGCCGGCUCGCUCAGCUCCUUCAGCUCCGCCGGGCCGGAGGAGCGGGAGGACCGGGCCCCCGAGUCGCUGCGGGACUGGGGGCCGCGAUUCGAGAAACUCAAGGCCCUGUACGAGAGGGCCGAGGGCAGCGACCUAUGACUGGGCCCGCCGGAGCCCGCCUUGCACAGACACCAGGAGGAGUACCGGAAGCUUCCGGAAAAGACUUAACUGCUCUCCACCUGACCGGUAGCACAUGCCAGUCUGU